AAAAAUUCCGUGACGUCACCGCUUUAGAAUCGCCAUUUUGUGUUUUGUGAAAACGAAAAGAUCGACUCCGUGUUUGUUUGAAAUUCUUCAAAUUUCUACAUCGGUUUCCUAAAAUUAUGCCUCGCUCUAGGAGUAGGAGUGGUUCCCCCAAAAGGAAACAUAGAAGUAAGCACAGAAGCCAUCGUUCACGGUCAAGAUCAAGAGAUAGAGUGCGCACAAGGUCGCGUUCCCGUGAUCGGGAUAGAUACACUCGACGACGACACUCGAGAGUUCGGUCACGAACGCGGAGUCCAACACCACUUCUGUUAGACGCUUUUGGUAGAGACGUUAGUAGAAGAAAUGCACAAGAAGAAAAGCAAAGGCGAGAGGAAGAAGAGAAACGACAAGAAAUGGAAAGACAGAGGAGAAUACGACAGCAGGAAAUGGAAGCCAAAUUGAUAGAAGAGGAAGUGGCAAAACGUGUGGAAGAAAUGGUUGCAAAACGAGUUGAGGAAGAACUUGAAAAACGAAAGGAUGAUAUUGAAGCUGAAGUCCUCCGUAGAGUUGAGGAGGCAAAACGUAUCAUGGAAAAGCAAAUGCUUGAGGAGUUAGAACGUCAGCGACAAGAAGAACUAGCUGCUCAGCGUGCAAAAGAGGAGGAGGAAUGUAGGAAAAGAGAGGAACUUGAAAAAAUUAUGGAGGAGAAUCAACGUAAAAUAGAGGAAGCACAGAGAAAAUUGGCGGAAGAACGAUUACAAAUGGUUGAGGCGCAACGAAAAAUGGAGGAACAGAGACUUGCUUUUGAGCAGGAACAAAAGCGACGAAUUAAACAAGAGCAGGAACUGAUUCUCAACAAAAAGAAAGCCAGACCUAAAUUGUCAUUUGGUUUUAAAGCAAAACCUGAUGGAGUGUGAAUAGUCACUUAUGAGCUUUGAUUUUGUGAGAAAAACACUUGGUAUACGUUACCCUGUCAGGUUCAGGUAUCUUGGUCCAUUACAGGAAAUCAUUGUCCUUAGAUAUAAACUCAAGUGAUGUUCUAUUGUAAUGGUGAAAAGUCAGAAUUCAAUUAAUUCCAUUAAAUACAAGGCAGAUAAGGAUAAAUAUUCAGAGCUUUUAAGCUCGGAUGUUACUGUUGGCGUAUGUUGGAAUCACUCAAGAGAAUUUGUUUUGGAUCUUAGCUAUGAUCACCAGAGUGAAGGUGUUCUUGUGUAUCUGGUACUAAUUUUGGUUGUCAUUUUUAGUUUGUCAAAACCAGAGGCUUUCUUCCUUUCAUUCUGGUCUACUACUGUAUAUACAUAUAUAUUGCUUUACGUUUUUAUUGAAUAUUUGGUAACCCAAUUUCUUCCUUCAUUGUAGCCCCAAAGGUAAGUGACACAUCUCAAGAUUGGCAUUACUCUAUGCAAAUUAUUUCCUGUCGGUAUGAAUGGAACAAAGUCGCUGGUUUUAAUAUUGAAUUUUGAUGAUAUCAGAGUAUAAGCAGUCGUGAAAACACUUUUGUAUAAAUUAUGUAAAUGUAAUUGUAUAUCAAAAUUAGAGUUAGAUAUGCAGGAACCUUUCUUAAUAAAAUAUUGUUUAAAACAGGCU